UGCCAAAACAAUCUACUUUUUCUAGUACAUAGCAACUGAGAUAUGGAAAUUGAGUCUUUGAAGAGCAUUUUCAAUCGAGCAAAGCCUUUUUUGGGUGUGAUUUUCUUGCAAUUUGUCUAUGCAGGCACUUUCAUAGUAGCUAAGUCUGCCCUGAACAAGAACAUGAGCCAACAUGUCCUGGUUGUUUACAGGCAUGCCAUUGCUACCCUUUUCAUUUCUCCUUUUGCCCUUGUUUUGGAGAGGAAAAUAAGGCCAAAGAUGACCUUCUCCACCUUCUUUAAGAUACUUUUGCUUGGAUUAUUAGAGCCAACCAUAGACCAGAAUCUUUACUACACAGGAAUGAAGUACACAACUGCAACGUUUGCAACUGCAAUGUCCAAUGUUACUCCUGCAAUUGCCUUUAUGAUGGCUUGGAUGUUCAGGCUUGAGAAGGUUAAUCUGAGGAAGCUGCAUAGCCUGGUAAAGAUAUUAGGCACUAUUGUAACUAUUGGGGGAGCCAUGCUCAUGACUCUCUUCACUGGACCAGUGCUGCAUUUACCAUGGACAAAAGUACAUAAUGUUCAACAGGCUGCAAAUUCUUCUGUAGUUACCAAACAAGAUCCUGUAAAGGGUGCCAUAUUGAUGGGUACAGGCUGCUUCUGUUGGUCUGGUUUUAUUAUUCUCCAAGCAAUUACCCUGAAAUCAUACCCGGCACCGCUCUCCCUAACAGCUUUGAUUUGCUGCAUGGGAACCAUUGAAGGCACCAUUUUGGCUCUGGGAAUGGAAAAGGGCAACUCUGCACCUUGGUCCAUUCACUUGGAUAUUAAACUCUUGGCUUAUAUAUACUGUGGAGUAGCAACUUCUGCUUUGGGAUAUUACAUUCAAGGUGUGAUAUUGAAGGUUAAGGGACCUGUUUUUGUGACAGCUUUCAGUCCUCUGAGUAUGGUCAUUGUGGCUAUAUUAGGCUCCUUUGUUUUGUCAGAGAUAACAUAUUUAGGAAGGAUUACAGGCGCAAUCGUCAUUGUUGCGGGCCUCUACUUUGUUCUGUGGGGCAAGAGCAAGGAUCAGCUAUCACCGGACAAGGCGGCAACUAUAGCCACCGAGAAUCAACAAGAAGAUAUCAAUAAUGAGUCGAAGCUAGACUUCGUGAUGGAUGUAACAUACAAAGUGGAACCUGAAGAUGAAAAUGUUUGAGGGAAUCUAGUGCUGCAAAAUCAUUUUCCUUUUUGGUGUGUGUUGAAAGAUAAUGUUUUGUUUUGAUCAGAUUCGGUGCUGCAUGUUGAGCCACCAAGAAUCUCGAGUUACUUUUCUGAAAUAAAAUGUUUUUAUUUUC